AUGUUGCCACUGCUAUCCUCCGCCCGAACACUCGAUUGCAGCAUCUCCGCCUUUCAAGCCAUCCUCCCAUCCACCGCCACAGUCGUGUCCGCAAACUGGCAGGCCGACAAUUCCACCUUCCAGGUUCCGAGCAGUAACGUCGCAUAUCCAGUCUCGCCAACGAAUCUUCGAGCUCUGUGCGCGGUGGAAGUCAAUGUCACGUCGAGUCUGACUUCGGCGUAUGGCUUUGGACUUUUCUUGCCUCGGGAAUGGAACACACGCUUCUUGGCGGUAGGAAAUGGAGGGUUUGCGGGAGGUGUGAAUUGGCUUGAUAUGGGCGCCGGAGUAGGGUACGGUUUCGCCGUGAUGUCAACAGAUACAGGGCACAGCUCUGUCUCCACAGACGGAAGGUGGGCCCUGAACGAGGAAUCAGUCAAUGACUGGGGCUAUCGCGCCAUGCAUGGCUCCGUGGUAUUGGCGAAGGACAUCGUCGAAGCGUACUACAGCUCUCCGCCGGUGUUCAACUACUUCUCGGGAUGCUCGACUGGUGGCCGGCAAGGCUUGAAGGAGGUUGAGCUGUACCCUGAGGACUUUGACGGUGUCCUAGCCGGUGCUCCUGCCUGGUGGACGAGCCAUCUCCAACCUUGGACGGUCAAUAUUGCGCUAUACAACUUGCCGAACACGACUGCGGGACACAUCCCGCGGAGUCUGUUCCCAGCCAUCGAAGCUGAGGUCCUUCGACAGUGCGAUGGAGCUGAUGGACUCGUCGACAGCAUCAUCUCCAGUCCACGAGAAUGUAACUUCUCAUCUGAAGCACUUCUCUGCGGCUCAGAUACUGUCAGCCAGACGCGUGCGGGUUGUCUCACGGCGCCACAGCUCGGAACACUCUCUCGGAUCUAUGCAGACUACUAUGGUACCAAUCACACAUUCGUGCUCCCAGGUCUUGAGCUCGGUAGUGAAGCUCAAUGGGAGGUUUUGUUGGGUGGCAAUGAACCUGCUGGCCUAGGAACAGACUAUGUUCGGUACUUUCUCCUGAAAGAUCCGGAUUGGGACUUCAACGACUACAACGACAGCAUUGUGGACAUCGCCGACAAGCUCCAGCCGGGUAAUGCCACCGUCGGACUUGACCUCAGCGCUUUUCACGCGAAGGGCGGGAAGCUGUUGCAGUACCACGGCAUGGCGGAUGCACUCAUCCCGACCGGAUCAUCGAGUCUCUACUACACGGAUGUCGCCAGAACGUUGCGACCGCGGGGAGUCGAUCUGGACUCGUGGUAUCGGCACUUCCUUGUCCCAGGUAUGCAACAUUGCUCAGGCACUCCAGCGGGAGUCGAAGCGCCGUGGUACUUCGCCGGUGCGAACCAAGCAGGUCGACUCGGAACUGGAGUCAGUGGCGUUCCUGGCUUUAGAGAUCCUGAGCACGAUGCUUUGCUCGCGCUUAUGGAGUGGACGGAGAAAGGCCAAGCCCCUGACCGCAUUAUCGCGACCAAGUGGAAGAGCGAUGCGCUGCACGAUGAGGUACUGAGGCAGAGACCGCUGUGCCCGUAUCCUCAUACGGCCAAGUAUGGCGGCAAUGGUGAUCCGGAUCUGGCGGAGAGUUGGGCGUGCGACGGUUUGUUUGUCCUGCAGCAGCAAUAGCAUACUUCGUAGGGAUGUCGCUCCACGGCUGUACCAAUUGGAUGAUUCCCCGAUGGCGAUUCUU